AUGAAGACCUAUAUCUUAUACUUACCCAUCCUUUAUGGCAUCGGGACUGGUGAGUUUAACAAGAUCUCCGGACAGAUUCCAGCCUUGAUGAAAGCAACCAUCCGGCAUGGCUUCACGAGUGUUGUGGGCGAUGGCCAAGGUCGUAAAAGCCAUGUGCAUAUCGAGGAUGUUGGAACCUAUUACGAAUUGCUGCUCGGCCAGAUAUUGAUUGGCAAGCCUGUACCAUCGGGGCUAGAUGGGGUGUUUUUCGUGGUCUCCGGUUCUCAGUCCUAUCAGGAUAUCUCGAUGGGAAUUGCAAAAGCAGCCACCGAGUUAAGCAUCAUCAAGGACGAGGACCUAACUUCCUUAACCAUAGAGGAAGCCGUGGCAAAGCUGGACUGGAGCGAAAGCAAAACGGCCGUCGAACUGGCUUUCGUUUCAAAUGUACAGGCCACAGCCGAUAACGGCAAAUCGCUGAAUUGGAAGCCGCGACAUCAGGACGACCAUUUCAAGGGGCAUUACACUGAGGUGUGGAAAGCUGUUCUUGAGGACCUCAAAAUGAAACUGGGAUAA